UGCCUUGACUGCGUUGUCAGCUUUUCACAGCUUUGCUGCACACAUUAAAACUAAUUUAAAACGUGCUUCUAAGCAAUAAAUUUCCAGCUUUUCUAACUUUUCAUCGUCUACUCAAUAUGGCCAACCUGGUUGCCAAGGCCACAGUCUUGUUCAACAAGCUCAAGGCCCAGGCUCGUCCGCAGUUCGAUGAGUUCAUGCGCUAUGCCAAGGUGGAGCUGGUGCCGCCGACUCCUGCAGAUUUUGCCCAUAUACGCAAGACAGCGCAAGCAACCGCCAAGUCAGCCAAGAAGGAUAUGAAGGGCGCUGGCAGUCGCCUCGGCAAGGUGACCAUCGCUGAGGCUUGGCUAAAUACCCUGGUGACCAUUGAGGUGAUCACCUGGUUCUUUAUGGGCGAAGUCAUUGGACGCCGUCACCUUGUUGGCUACAAAGUCUGAAGAGAUGUCUGUUUUUUUUUUUUUUUUUUUUACCAAGUUACAUUUAUAUAUUGUUUCUGUUCUAAGCAUAAAUAAAGCUGCAGCAUUCACGGAUCAUAAGUUCA